AUGCAUUUCUUCAAGAACCUCCCCCUUCUCCUUCUCCCAGCAGCAGCCUUAGCUGGAGUCAUCCCUUAUGAAAUCAGGAAAGGCUACGCAAAUCCUAACACAGGACCAGGUUCAAAGAAGAUUACGGAUAUUCAAACUCAAGAAGAGAGUGAUUUCUUGAGUUUCAAGGGCACGCCACCUGGUAAAGUUGUUCAAGGCGGUGUCAAGCUUCGGAUUCUCUCCGUCGGAGACUCUAUCACUGUCGGCUUUGGAAAAGGGACAGACGGAAACGGGUACCGGAAGAGACUAGGGAAGGACUUGAGUAGUGGGAGCACACUAUCCUCGUCGAUGAAUCGGGCUGACAUUGUUUUAGGAAAUGAGGUCGUUUGGGCUGGCACCGAGAAGACAAAGGGAGAUAUGAAAGACGGUCACUUUGCAGCCUGGUCCGGAAAAACAGUCCAGUAUAUCAACGACCACAUUGAUCCAUCCCUUGAACAACGCCCAAACCUCAUCCUCAUCCACGCCGGAACAAACGACAUGAACAGUAAUCGUCAGAUUUCCACUGAUGGUAACCACCCUCAAGAAACCACCAACCGCCUCAAAUCAAUGGUCGAAAAGAUGAUUUCCAAAUGCCCUGAUGCUACUAUUAUCAUCGGUAUGAUCACCGAUGUCUGCGACAGAGAAUCGUAUCAUUUUCAGAGAGAGAGGAUAAAGAUCUACCGUGAUCAUGUUGCUAAAUUGGCAGCUGAACUCAGCUCAAAUGGGUCUCACGUGCUUGCUGCUGAUUUUGGGCCUUUUGAUGAUGCGCUUUUGAGUGAUUGCGUUCAUCCGACGCAGAAGGGGUAUGAGAUUCUAGGGGAUUGGUGGUAUGAUUUUAUUCAUCAAAUUCCCAAGGGUUGGAUCAAGAAUCCUGUUGGCCCUGACCCUAUUCGGAAUUAG